AUGGGUGCAGGGUUUGCAAAAAAUGUUGAACAGCCUAUCAUUUCCACCACUCACGGUCUGGUGCGUGGACAAUUGCGAGAAACAGUCUAUGGUGAUAAAUAUUAUUGCUUCGAUGGCAUACCAUAUGGCAAGCCACCAUUGGGAGAUUUGCGUUUUAAGUCGCCACAACCAGUUGAACCAUGGCCGGAUGUUCGCGAUUGCACAGUAGUGGCACCCAAAUGUAUCCAAUACAAUCGCUAUACUGAUCGCGUUGAAGGCUCUGAGGAUUGCUUGUACUUGAAUAUCUAUGCAAAAAAGCUAAAAUCCGAAAAACCUCUUCCGGUUAUGGUCUACAUACAUGGUGGUAGUUUCGCAACAGGCAGUGCAUCUCGUCUGGCUUGGGGACCAGACUAUUUUAUGAUGAAGGAUGUUAUACUCGUGACUAUGGGCUAUCGUUUGGGAGCGCUGGGUUUCCUCAGUCUUCCCGAACCAGAGCUACAGGUUCCUGGCAAUGCUGGCCUCAAGGAUAUUGUAAUGGCGCUGAAGUGGCUCAAAAAAAAUUACAUCAAUUUCAAUGGUGACCCCAACAACGUUACUCUCUUCGGCAACAGCUCAGGAAGUUUCGCCACACACAUGCUGACGAUGACACCAAAAUGCGAGGGCCUCUUUCACAAAGCGAUUCUUAUGUCUGGCGUAUUUCUGCAAAUACGCGAAAUUCCUAAUGUCCACCUUAAUUUCGCUAAGCGUGUGGGCUAUGAGGGCGCAGAAGAUAACAAAGAUAUUUUAAAUUAUCUAAGCUCACUUGAGGCGGAAAAGCUCUGUAUGCCGAAUUUUCUAGCAGAAGAGGGAAGGGACCCAAAUAUGGCGCCUGCCUUCUUCCCCGUCAAAGAAAACGCCAGCGUAUCGGAUGCUAUAAUAACCAAAGACCCAUUUGAAGUAAUUGCAGAUGAGAAAGCUUGGUUUCAUAGUAAACCGUUAAUGUUGGGGGCGACUUCCUUUGAAUCUCUAGCGCGCUACAAGUUCUUCACAACAUAUCCAAACCUAUAUGAGAUCUUGAAAUUGCAUCCGGAAAAAUUAUUCUCGUAUGAGAUUGCAACCUCGUGUGAUUUGGCGACGCAACAGCAAUUGGCAAGGAAACUCAUAAAGUUGCAUAUGGGAGAGAAGGAGGUGAAUUUGGAAAAUGUUAUGGAUAUUAUGCGCAUGGUGUCGCACGAUUUCAUGUAUCAUCCAAUGCAUUGCUUUAUGAGUGCACGCCUCGGUCGCGUGCAGGCGUCCACAUAUCUAUACCGCUUCGACUUCGAUUCACCGGAUUUUAAUUUGUAUCGCAUCAAGUGUUGUGGACGUGAAGUGCGUGGUGCUGUUCAUGUGGAUGAACUUGCCUAUGUUUUUUAUAUACCGCAGUCUUUUAAGUUGGCACUCGAUUCUGAAGAGUUCAACACCAUUGUACUAAUGAUGGAUUUACUUACUGCAUUUGCUGCUAAAUCUGAUCCCAAUGUUGAUAAGAUUAAACCCAUAGUUUGGGAGCCACUGGCAUCAAAUGACGAACGAAAAUGUUUAAAUAUUAGUAACGAGAUAACGUUCAUCGAUUGGCCUGAAUUGGAAAAAUGUAAGGUAUGGGAUGAGUACUUCAAGGACGCGGGAUUGAGGUUGUUUUGA